GUGAAAACCACAAUGAACGAGAUGCUCGGAUGGUACGGAUAUGAAAAAAUAAAUUCCAAAGACUGUUCGCUGCAAAGUAUGAAUUUAGUUAAGCUCAGAGAAAAAUAUAGAGGUCGCUCAAAAAGCACGGAACCAGAAACUUCGUCAGAUGAAUAUAAUAGUCCACAAUCACCAACUACGUCGAACUCACCAGUACAACAAAUGACAUGCGGAUGGUGUGACAAAACGUUAAUAGCCAAAGCGUUUACAUUCCGCACAGCCGAAUCGGACAAUGAGAAAGUGUUUUGUUCCGAACAAUGUUUCUCGCAUUACCGUAGAGCAAAUUUCAAACGAAAUAAGAAAUGCGAUUGGUGUAGACAUCUGAGACACACAGUCAACUGUGUAGAUUUCCAAGACGGCGAUCAUCAGCUACAAUUCUGCAGUGAUAAAUGUUUAAACCAGUAUAAGAUGAACAUCUUCUGCAAAGAAACUCAAGCGCAGUUAGAAUUGCACCCUCACCUACAGAACACGUCGCUGCCAGAAAACCUAUGUAAAACCAUGGAGCCGAACUUGCCACUCAUUACACCCGACCUAUGGCUACGCGAUUGUCAUUCUCCGCCACUUACAGACCGAUCACCGUCUCCUCAAAAGCCUCAUUCCCCUCCUACACCAGGACCCGCAGUUCCACAGCUACGUAUAUCCAGUAAACUUUUUGACCGUCAAAACCGAAAACGCAAGAGACCAACAGUCGAUGACACUGUGCCACCUGUUUACCCUAAAUUUCCACCGAAUGCGCCAGUUUAUUGUACACCACCGAUAUGUAGUACACCAGCAUUCACGCAAUCUCRGUCGACAAAUAGCAGCAUACCAACAAAUGCUGAUUCAACACCUUCAUCACUUUACCCAUUGAACUUGCCACCAUCGUUACUACCACCACCUAUGGUAUUAGUGCCAUAUCCUAUUAUGUUACCAAUACCAAUACCUAUUCCCAUACCCAUACCUUUACCAUUUUUACAAAAAGAAUGUGAUAAAAGCAGUAAUAAGGAAACAAAUGAAAAAAAAUGAUUAUUAUGUACAUCAUAAUAAACAAAUUAUUUUAAAUAAUAUUAUAAAUACUAUUAUU